CGUGUCAAGAGACGAAGUAAAGCCGUGCGCUCCUGCCAGUCACUGGCCACACGUGUGUUCUCGUGGAGGUCCAUGAUGCUGCUACUGCUUCACCUGUCAUUCGUGAUUAACACCAUCCCCAGGAACACGGCCCCCAUGGCCAUAGUGUGUAUGGUCAGACCCCGAUCAGGCGAUGGCUCAAUGGAUGGGUCGACGAAUGCCACGAUGAUCGGAGUAACUGAGGGUUCGCUCGGUUCACAGAUGGAAAGGGCGCUCAGUGCGGCUGUUCAGAUAAAUACGACAGGCGAGAAGGUGAGUUGAACAAAACAAUACAAAUUCAAGUUGGGGUGUGUAGCAUUGAUUACCUAUUGCCACGAGAUUGUCAGUAAUUGGAGUGUCUAAUGUUGGCUAGGUUGCAACUGAGCUUCACUUCAAUAUAAACUGAAACAAAUCUAAAAGAAUGUGUGCACAUUGUUAGUUGUCCUCUACUCGGACUGUGAUUCACAAUGUCUUUUUUCCCCCCUCAAUGCGUGUCUAUCUGUUUUUCUUAGAAAUUUAGACUUUUUUUCUGACCUGCAUAGAGCUAACAAAUAUGAACUGAACAAAUUGUAUGUUAUUAUAAUCAUUGCACCGCUUGACGAGACCUGUGCAAAUGUUGUUUUUAGCUAAUUUCAACAUAGCACUUACUUGUCGGUGUAAAGGGGGGUUGAAGAUUUUAAUCAUCCUUUGUUUAUUUAAAAGAUGCUAAAUUUAAAAAAAACAGGUAACUAACUUUUGAUUUGAGAAUUUAAAAUGUAUGUUAUUAUUGUUCAUUUAAUUUUUUUUACUCCCCCCCCCCGGCCUCCAUCAGUCUGAUGAUUUCGAGUUUGACUGGGACUCCAACCCCGUGGGCCUUGUCUUGUCAUCCAUCACAUUCACGUCAUGGGUGGGGCCGUUCUUUGCUAACCUGGUACGCGGUUACCUUGGCAACAAAUGGACAAUUACUCUGCUGACUCUUGGCUCCGCAUUGACGACUUUGUUAUCUCCCCCUGCUGCACGCAUUGGACCGAAUGUUCUGGUCGGACUCAGGAUAAUCUCAGGACUCGCUUUGGUGAGUAGUUUAUGGUCAUCUGAGGACUCGCUUUGGUGAGUAGUUUAUGGUCACCUGAAAACUCGCAUUGGUGAGUAGUUUAUGGUCAUCUGAGGACUCGCACUGGUGUGUAGUUUAUGGUCAUCUAAGGACUUGCACUGGUGAGUAGUUUAUGGUCAUCCGAGGACUCUCUUUGGUGAGUAGUUUAUGGUCACCUGACAACUCGCAUUAGUGAGUAGUUUAUGGUCAUCUGAGGCUUGGUACUGGUGAGUAGUUUAUGGUCAUCUGAGAACUGGGACUGGUGAGUAGGUUAUGGUCAUCAGAGGACUCGCACUGGUGCGUAGUUUAUGGUCACCUGAGGACUCGCACUGGUGAAUAGUUUAAUUGAAUUAAAAAUAAGUGUAUCUCCGCUGUGGAUAUUGCUUUACAGAUUUGGCUUGUGUGGGAAAGAAGUGACCUGUUUCGGUAUGACGCUUGGGAUAGUUUUUAUUUUUGACAUCUGUCUAUUACUACGGAGUUUGUAGUCAGAGCACUAUUAGUUAUAAGCAAUUCUGGAAAUAAAGCAAAGAGCCUAGCCUACUUUGGCCCUUAAGAACUCUUCCUUCAUAACGGAUUUGGGUGUUUAAAAAAAAAAAAAAUUUUUUAAAGUAUGUAACAUAUGUUAUGAUCCCACUCUGACAAUUCUUGGUGGUAACAUUGUUAACUAAUAUUGUGAAGGAUUGGCCUGCCGCUAUCACUCUACCCAUGGAUUCAUUCACUCCACAAACGUAUCUGUUCUCUCUUUCACUAAUGAAGUGGUAACGUCCAAUGAAUAAUUCACAGCACUUGAUAACAUAUAACUAAUACGUCAAAUAAUAAAUCUUUUGAGAAUAUCCUUUUAACAAUUAGAGGAUGCAGUCAAUAGUUGCACACACGUUCAAUCUUCCAUGUGAUAAUAAUUUAAUAAUUCAUACGAAACAUAAAGCAAUAUGUCUGCCUUCCUUCAGAGAACAAACCGUACACACCCCUCUACUCUCUUAACGUGCAUUCUCACUUCGCUCUAAAAAAAAAAAAAAACUGGUUCUCGCACAUUUCUCGUGAUUCACAUCGUGUUCAUAAAAUCACUACGCCAUCCUGUUGUGAGAAUGAAUAAUAGUGUCGUGUUAAAAAUUAUAGUUAACCUGGUCUGUUACAAACUACAAGUUAUUUCUCUGUCAUUUCCCAUACCAAUUAACACCAUUGAAAGCAUAAAGAUAAUGUUAUAUCUCGCUAGCAUUGCAUUUGUUUACACCCCCCACUCCAGGGAGCAACCUUGCCUAUUGUUUCAGACACCAUUGUCUGGUGGACUCCAGAAUCGGAGAGGCUGACCGCAACAGCUGUGACAUUUUCUGGUAUGUUGAGCCUAAGUUCAUAGCGUCCCAAGUAUUUUUUACAACAAGAAUAGAGUCAUAUGUCCUUGACAAAAGAAAACCUUAAUUCAAAUUUGAUGUAUACGAUCCUAAAAUUGAAUGAUAUAAUUUUUGAAAAUAAAAAACUCAUGAGUUUACUUCACGUCCUAGUAGGUAUUCUCAAGUGAUGUUACUAAUCAAUUUAAAAAUACAUCCCUGUGAUACACAAUGAUGGAUGCGGAAUCCGUACAAACAACCAGGAGAUUUAUUUAUGUUCGAAGUCCCACUCAAAGUUCCAAAAAAUGCACACACACACACACACACAGAAAAAAGAAAGGCAUACUUACUGGACAGGUAACCUUGAGAGGAUGCGCGAAUUUUAUAGCAGCAAAAGUUAUCUACAGGCAGAAAACUGGAGCCAGACGUCUCACAUGUCGACAAAGACUGAAAAGGGUCGGCAAUAUUCAGCACGACUUAUACCAGCUAGAGGUCCGUGCGGGGAGGCGGAAAGACAUGGAUCUAUCCAAAUUGAAGGAUGUGAUGGAGCAGACCAGGGCCCUACACGGGCUGUAGCGCCACGAAUCAUGAAUGAAUUAAAAUGUAUUUUAACAAAUUCUUUAGACAAAACAAAUUUCAAAAUAAAAUAACGAAGACCUUGCUUGCAAAUUCAAAAUUUUUCAAAACCAUGUCCAAUUUAUUGUAUAUCCUCAGGGAUUAACAUGGCUGGCAUCGUCACCUUCUUCAUCGCUGGUUUUUUGUGUUCUGUUCCCAUUGACAACGGCUGGCCCUUUGUCUUCUACGUCUUUGGUAAAACUAUCAAUUGUCAAACUUACUUUGUGUUGUGAUGCAGUUAUACUUUUUGUCGUGACUUAUUCGAUGUGUAGAUUAAUGAAACAACUAACUUAAGAACAUUGAUCCCGACUUAGUGAGGUUGUAUCUUAACUAGAAGAUUUAAUUUUGCAAUUGAUAAACGAAGACCUCUCUUGAAAAGUUCAAAUUUACAUUCGAAAAUAGUACACCCCCUCCACCCGGAAAAAAAAACGUGAAGACAAAAAACACUUGUUUAUAGAAACUGUCCUAAAUGACUGAUUGACUGGCUGACUGGGUGGCUGACUAACUGACUGGCUGACCGACUGAAUGAGUGAAUGGCUGACAGGCUGACUUACUGACUGACUUGAUAACUGACUGACUGGCUGAUUGACAGACUGACUGGCUGGUUGACUGGCUCCAUGGCUAACUGACUGGCAGGCUGGUUGGCUGGUUUGCUGACUGGCUGGCUGGCUGGCUGGCUGACUGACAGACAAACUAGCUGGCUGACUAACAGGCUGGCUGGUUGACUGCCUGAGUGUCUGACUGGCUGGCUGGCUGACUGACUAGCUGGCUGAGUCAUUGGCUUACUGACUGACUGACUGAUUGAGUCCAUAGAAGCCAUCAUCCCUAUUUAAUCUAGAAGUAUUAAUUUUUGAUAGGUAAAUUCAGAUCUUGACGUAAAAAUGAAUUUUCUCUUAAAGUUUAAAGUGGGGAGGGAGUGGAUUUUUCCUAUAUUGUAAAGAAUUAGAUGAUGCUUUGUAUGGUCUCUCAAAAAAAGUAAUAAGCUGAAUUGUCCUUUUAAUUGUCUUGCCUUUUAUUUUAAUCCCAAACAUAUCUUAUCCAUUUUUCCCUUCACAAUGCAAAAAAACCUCAGCCCCUAUUUUGAUUGAUUUGCAAUAAUCUAGCUAUUAAAAGCAUAUUCAAUUAUCUGUACAUAUACACAUGUUUGUUAAAAGUAUAUUCAACUAUCUGUACACCAGGGGCCAUAACUCUACUGUGGACUCUAGCAUGGCACAUAAUGACUUCUCAAAAGCCCGAAAACCAUCCUUGGAUUUCCGACGAGGAGAAGUCUUUUAUCAUCGCCACACGCAGUCGUGGCAUU